AUACAGAGCUAUACUUGCAAUUUUAAUUCAGUAGUUGAACACAUUAAACACUUAUUUGGGAAAACCAUGACAGAUCGGCUAAACGUGUGCAUUAUAGGCUCUGGCAACUGGGCAACAACAAUUGCCCGAAAUGUGGGCAACAAUGUGGCCAAUUCGCAGAGCAUGGAGCCAAAGGUGAAUAUGUACGUUUACGAAGAGGUCAUCCAGGGUCGCAGACUGACAGAAAUUAUUAACACCACCCAUGUCAAUGUUAAGUACAUGCCCGACUUCGUGUUGCCACCAAAUAUAGUUGCCUUUGAUGAUGUGGUCACAACGGCGCGUGAUGCAGACAUUCUGAUCUUUGCUAUUCCGGCCUCAUUUGUGAACAGCUGCUGCAAGACUCUGCUGGGCAAGGUGAAGCCCCUGGCGCACGCAGUCUCCCUUAUCAAGGGCUUUGAGCGCAGUGAUGACGGCCAAAUACUUUUAAUUUCCCAUCUCAUAAUGCGGCAGUUAAAGAUACCGUGUUCGGUGCUGGUGGGCUGCAACUUGGCCCAUGAGGUCGCCCUCGGCAACUUCGCUGAGGGCACAAUCGGCUGCCGGGAUCAAAAAUAUAUUCGUAUAUUGCAAGACUUAUUCAAAUCGAGCUCCUUCCGUGUGGUCGUCACAGAUGACGCGGACUGUGUCGAAAUCUGUUCGACUUUAAGGAACAUCAUUUCCUUUGGCGCUGGCUUAGCGGAUGGCAUGGAGUUGAAUGAGAAUACAAAGGGUGGUAUUAUCAGACGUGGAUUUUUGGAGACUCUACAAUUCGUUGAUGUGUUCUAUCCAGGCAGUCGAUUGGCAACUUUCUUUGAAUCGUGUGGCUUAUCCGACUUGGUUACCAGCUGCUAUGCCAAUCGAAAUCGAAAGUUGGCUGAGGCUUUCGUUAAGACUGGCCAGCCGUUAAGUGAACUGGAGACCCUGCUGGUUCCAAUCCAAGAGCCGCUGGGUCCCGUUACCGCGGAGCUGGUGAACAUUAUGCUCAAAAAGAAGGGACUAGAGGAGAAAUUUCCAUUGUUCACCACUAUUUAUCGCAUCUGCGUAGGCUCUUAUCCACUUAGCCGCUUGGUAGAAACUCUACGCUACGCUCGCGAGGAUAUCUAUCACCCCAAUCAUAUUUUCCAGCUUUAAGGGCUUAGUAUUUCCAAUAAAGAAAAAAACUCACGUAUAUUUUGUUAAUGACAAGCAUCAAUAAACAGAAGCACAAUUCAUUUGAUAGAUGAUUUCCAUACCGCCAUUGUAUUCCGGGCCAUAUAUUUUAGAGCAAUUGCUGGCAUACUCGCACUCU